UCGUAUAUACUGAGUACGCUUACGGCACAUUCCUACUGCAUUAUAGCGCGUCGAUUCGGACCUAUGCAUCGUUUUCGCAGCGUUCAGCCUUCAAUACGCGUUGAGCUUUGACGAUAAUUUGAGCGCUUAUCGAUAUGUAUUGGCUUCCAUCAGAUGAGACCGGGAAGAUAUCACUCAAUGAAUUACAACUCGAUAUCGUUGGUUUCCUUGCCAUCUUGGGCGAGGGUUCCGUGCUCGCCAACGCUCAGGUCUCGACGCUCUCGAGAUGGAUAUACCUACCACGGUUGAUCCCGGCACCUCAAGCGCUGAUGAGGCCGACCAGACCGACACAACUGGAUACAUUCUCGGGAUGGGUAACGGGCAUCGUCAGCGGGAAUCAUAGAGACUACAUUAAUCAUAUCGGAAACAUUGUCUGUGAUGCCGACAAACUCGCUCCUUUCUCGGUCCGCGUCGUCAAGAUAAAACGCAAAGACGACCUACCACUCAAGGCUAAGACCUUCGGUCCCCUCACCGUCGUAAUACUUAUCGGUUUCGCCCUCUCCGCCCUUCUUCUCGCACUAUCGAUAUGGCAAGACGAUGGCAUGUCCGUCGUAGCCACGGUACUCCUGUCGCUCCUCUCCAGCCUUAUCGGUCUGGGCAACAAAUGGGUGUUGCAACUUCCUAAACGCAAGGUCAAGUCGGGAAUAGUUCCCCGUGGCGAUGUCGUUAUACGGUAUCCUAAGGGUAGUUUUCUCAUCGUCCGCUGCGAGGAAGACGUUGCUCGUGAAUUGUACUUCGCACCAGAGAGCAUGGACUACGUCCUUACGCAUGGCCCGGCUUACCGAAUCCUAAGUCUGGUGGGCACGAUGAUGCUCAUGGGCGGCGUCAUAUGCCUUGCCAACGCUCAAAUUCAGGUCCAAAUCGCAUGGGCAGGUUCCUACAUGCUACUCGGUGCCUCAUAUUGGAUAGUCGCUGCCUUGCCUAGCAAAAUGCAUUGGGACACGUCUUGCUACACAGUCAUCAACGAAUGUCUCUCCGACUCUGAAAUGGACAAGAAAGGAUAUCCUUCAGAAAAUGACACAUUCACACAAGCUCUUUGGAGGGCAAUCUGUGUCACCAAAGAAAUCGGAUGGGUGCGAAUGAGCGCCGCAUGUCCAGAUACUGAAGCUUGGCGCGAAUGGCUAAUGGAGGCAAAAGCAUGUAGCGAAGACUUCAGGUUAGUUGAGGGCGAAGAACCGUCGAAAGGUAAAACGAUGUGGGAGAUACCAGAAUGGGACGCACAAGGGUCUUUGGGGAGGCUUUUGGCCGAGCAAGCGAGAAACGACAAGAAACUGAUAACAGAGAAAGUGGAAUCGGUUUGACGACUUUUAUUUGACUUCAUGGACAUUCUUUUGGGGUUAUGCAUAGCGAUGGGACACGACCUUGCGGAUCAUCAUCAUACGACUUACGAAUCACGACUCGAAACGACACAUUCAUCACGAAUCGAUCGCCUCGAGCAUAUAUUGACGAAUUGCGCAUACCAUUUACUUCAACGCGAUGUACUUAAAAUUUCCAGCACAUUUCGUUACUAAGAAAUCACCAAUACGUGUUG